AGUCGCCCGCCAUUCCCACUCUCCCUCAUUCAAGUUCCUCUUUCUUCUCUCCACAAUGUCCUCACAAGCCUUGCCUGUUAUACCCCUUACUUACCCUCUUCUUCUUCUCCCAACUGCACGCAUCACAAUCCCCGUCAACAAUGCUGCCGGCGAACUCCUCCUCGAACUCGUCCAGGAGGUCGACACCCCACCAGUCGUGGCUGCUGUUCCUGUCCCCUCGGCCGAUGCAUCGACGUUGCAUGACUGGGGAACGGCAGCGCGCAUUGUCCGCGUCGUCCGACCCCCGCGGUCGCUCGCUCGCGAUACCCAUCGGCCGUACUUACUUACCCUCCAGGGCCUCGCCCGUGUACACCUCCCAGAGGCGGACAGCCCGCGAGAGAGGAUCGACGGACUUGCGGAACGCGUCGUAGAGUAUCCGAACGCAGAGGGUACUCCCUCCGCAGAACUCGCGGCCACGUUCAAAGCGGCCGCGAUCAAGCUGCUCGACCGCCUCGCCCGCGAUGCGCCCAAUGACUCCAAGCGCGACUUCUAUGUCAAGCUAUCCAACAUGGUCGACGAAGUGACCGCCCAGCGUGCCCCCUGGCUCGCUGACAUGCUCGUCUCGAGCCUCAACGCAGAAUACGCGGACAAAAUCGACUUCCUGUCCGCGGUUCGCCCGGAUGACCGCCUCAAGCGCGCGACGGCGAUCUUCGUCAAGCAGACGUCCAUCUCCGAGGUUAGCAAGAAGAUCGCGCAGUCCGUCGACGAGAGUCUGUCCAAGCAACAGAAGGAGUUCUUCCUCCGACAGCAGCUCGCCGCCAUCCAGCGCGAGCUCCGGAACCUCAACCGGUCCGCGCUGCCCCUUGCGCGCCCGGGCACACCGGACGCUGUGGAGAGUAAAGGUCCGAACGCGCCGGUGUCGGAGCUGGACGACGAGGAGCAAGCGGAGGCGGACGAGAUGUCUGUCAUGCGCGCGAAGGUCGAGGCGAUGGCGAAGGAGAGCGAGGAGCGCAAGACGGCCGUGCGAGAGUGGAGGCGGCUCAGACGGAUUCCGGCCACCAGUGUCGAGCACGGUGUCAUCCGCAACUACCUUGAAUGGCUCACUGCAGUCCCCUGGCCCGCUUCCGCGCGCGAGGCGCAGUCAAACGCCUCCCUCGAGGCCCUGCGCGACCGUAGCUUCUUGACCAAAGCGCGGGCGCAACUCGACGCGGAUCACUACGGCCUGGAGAAGAUCAAGAAACGCUUGAUCGAGUAUCUGGCGGUCGUGCGGCUCAAGGAACUGCAAGCGGAGAAGGAGAGUCAGUUGACUGUGCUCGAGGGAGAGAAGCAAGCUGCGCAGGCGCAGCAAGAGAUUUCAGGGGAGGCUAAGGCAGAGACGCAGGGAAGGGACGAGAGCAAGUCGCUUAUUCCCAUACCGAAGGCCUUGCCAGCUCCCGUUUCGAGGCCGUUGAGGAAGAAGAACGUAAAGGGCCCUAUCCUACUUUUUGUCGGCCCUCCUGGUACGGGUAAGACCUCGCUCGGGCAGUCCAUCGCCCGCGCGCUUGACCGGCCGUUCCAGCGGAUCUCGCUGGGCGGUGUGCGCGACGAGGGCGAAAUCCGCGGGCACAGACGGACGUACGUUGCCAGUGGCCCGGGAAACAUCGUGCAGGCUCUGAGGAAAGCUGGCCGGCCUGAUCCUGUGAUCCUAUUGGACGAGAUUGAUAAGAUCUCGCACGGGAACUUCCAUGGGGAUCCUGCGGCUGCGCUGCUGGAGGUGUUGGAUCCUGAACAGAACCAUUCGUUCCAUGACCAUUAUAUCAAUGUACCUGUCGAUUUGAGCCAGGUGCUCUUCAUAUGUACUUCAAACACACUAGAGACGAUCGCAGCGCCUUUGUUGGAUCGCUGCGAGAUUGUACAUUUGUCUGGCUAUACUUAUGACGAGAAGAUGCAUAUCGCUCGCCGCUUCCUUCUCCCGAAGCAGCUGCAGGCGAAUGGCCUGACUGCAGAUCACCUCAGCAUCAGCGACUCUGCGCUUACGCACAUAGCGACGCAUUACACUCGCGAAGCUGGUGUGCGCUCCUUAGAGCGAGCCAUCAGCGCCGUCGUCCGGCAUAAGGCUGUCGAAUGGGCUGAGUACUGCGACAGCGUCGGCGCCGACCCGAACGCGCUCCUCUCGGACGUGGCCACCCGACAGGCCUCUGGCAGUCCCACAGAUGCAGGGUACAGGGCAGCCGUCGAGGAGCACGAGCUCGAGAAGAUCCUCGGCAUCGCGCGGUGGGAUGAGGACGAGCGGGAGCGAGAGGAGCGGUGUGGGCUCGUGUACGGACUCGUGGUCACCGGCAUGGGCGAGGGCGGCGUGCUCCCCGUGGAGACGAUCAUGGUGCCCGGGAGCGGGAAGCUGAAGCUCACGGGCAGCCUCGGCGAGGUGAUUAAGGAGAGCGGCGAGCUCGCGCUGAGCUGGGUGAAGCGGCAUGCGUACGAUUUGUAUAUCACGAAGACACGCGCGCAGGACCCGCUGAAGAACCCGGACCCGGUGGAUGUGCAUUUGCAUCUGCCUAGUGGGGCGGUGAAGAAGGACGGGCCAUCUGCGGGGAUCGCAAUGACGUGUGCAUUUGUAUCAUUGCUGACGGGUGUAUGUGUUCCAAGCAAUAUCGCCAUGACCGGCGAGGUCACCCUGCGCGGACGCGUCGGGCCCGUCGGGGGCAUCAAGGAGAAGGUGCUCGGUGCGCACCGUGCGCAGAUCACGAAGGUGAUCUUGCCUUGGGCCAACCGCAAGGACGUCGAGCACGACGUGCCCAAGGAGAUCCGUGCUGAGAUGCAGAUCGUGUUCGUGCGCACGGUCGAGGAGGUGCUCGAGGCCGCGUUCGGGAAGGGCGUCGUUGGAUGGAGACGGAGCGAUGUCCUCGUCGAGAGCAGGCUCUAGCGUCCCGUUUGUGGAUACGUGUAUCGUUAGUAUAUGGACAGGGUGAGAUUGAGUCUUUGGUGUUUGUACUAUGUCUAGAUGGUUCACAUUGGUUCUGUUUUCUUCGCAUCUACAUACUGUACGAUCUGUUGUAGGUGGUCGGACUGGCUUGUUCGGUUGUUCCACUUCUAAUAUGUUGAAUUUGUGCUUCGGGCCUCACUUCUUGCUCAUAUCCUGUUCACACUCGUUUAAUAUUGUACUAUACUACAUUUUGCAACAAUCAGUGCACUGCUGUGCCUACAAUCC